GUUUUUCUUUCCUGCUCACAAGUUAUCUUUGACUUUACAUUCCAUUAUUUCCAUAUCUGCCAACUUCAAGUUGUCAACCUGUCAAGUUGUGUUCCAAAAGACAUUUCAUUUGGUGAAAAGCGAUAAUAAGUAAAUAACACUAUUCUACCAUAGUACCAGACCACCACCUUAUUAACCUACAUAUAGUAUAAUACGAAGUAUCUAUAAUUGCAUCAUGAUAUGUGCGUAAAUUUCUCAUGUUAAUUAUUUGCCAAAACAAACAAAAAAAAAAUAUAUAAAUAAAAGUAAAUGAUAGAUCUAUGAUUGCACCAUGACAAAUUUAUAACAUACUAUUCCAAAUUUAUUUUGCUACACCAUACCGUUGUCCUUAUACAAAAUAAAGUUAUAUACAGUCUAUACAGACGUACACGUAUUCAAUUUUGUUCCUUCCAUUAGUUACAACUUUAUAUACAUAUUUCACUAGUUAGAAAUUUCCACACACAUAUAUAUUGAUCUGCCUUAGCUUUAAAGGGUUAUAUAAAUCCAUCUACUACUAUUGCUAACAUUAUUGAUAGAAAACAUGGAUUUUAGGCUAUUAUUUUGGUAUACACUCAUGUUUACCAUGCCCAUAAUAUUGUUGAUAUCAUUGUAUAAACCCCAAAAAAGAAGAAUGAACCAACAAAAAAAGAUCCCUAGCCCAAGAAAGCUACCAAUUUUAGGGAACCUUCACCAAUUAUUUGGUGAUUUACCUCAUUAUUCUCUUCACAAUCUUGCCAAAGAACAUGGCCCUCUUAUGCUCCUACAAUUAGGCUCAAUCCCAACUCUAGUGAUUUCCUCCGCGAACAUAGCUAGAGAAAUCUUCAAGCCACACGAUCUAAUUUUCUCCGGUAGGCCAGAGCUAUACACCGCGAAAAGACUAAGUUACGAAUUAAAUGACAUCUCAUUUGCUCCGUAUGGUGAGUAUUGGAGAGAAGUUCGGAAGAUAGCCAUCCUGGAGCUACUUAGUGCUAAACGAGUGAACUCGUUUAGCACAAUACGAAAUGAGGAGGUAAACAUCGUGAUUAAUACAAUUAUUCGAUCCUUUUCGAGUAAUACAACUAUUAAUCUUAGCGAGUUGAUGCUAUCUCUAGCGAAUAAUGUUAUAUGUCGCGUAGCAUACGGUAAGAAAUUCGAUGGUGAGGCUAAAAGUUAUGAGAUAUUGAAGGAAACACAAACAUUAUUAGGAGAGCUAAAUGUAGCGGAUUUUUAUCCUUGGUUUGGUUGGUUGCUAAAUAAAGUAAAUGGGGUUGAUACUAGAUUAGAGAAGAAUUUUAAGGAGAUGGAUGAGUUUUAUGAUGAAGUUAUCCAAGAACAUAUUAAUGGUAGUAAAACGACGCGUAGAGAAGGUGAACAUCAUGAAGAUUUUGUUGAUGUACUUCUUCAACUUCAAAAAGAUCCAAAUCAAACAGUCAAACUCAGUGAUAUUCAAAUCAAGGGUAUUAUUACGGACAUGUUCAUAGCAGGGUCAGAUACAUCUGCGGCAACACUUGUAUGGAUAAUGACAGAGUUAAUAAAGAAUCCAUCAACCAUGAAAAAAGCACAAGAUGAGUUAAAAGAAGUUGUCAAGGGCAAACAAAGAGUUGAAGAAAGUGAUCUACAUAAACUUGCAUACUUAAAAUUGGUCAUAAAAGAGACAUUAAGGUUACACCCUCCAGUACCACUACUAGUCCCUAGGGAAACAACAGCACCAUGCACUAUUAUAGGAGGGUAUGAAAUACCAGCAAAAACAAGAGUACUUAUCAAUGCAAAGGCAAUUGCAAUGGACCCUAACGUGUGGCACACACCCAAUCCAAAUGUGUUCGAGCCAGAGAGGUUUUUGAAUAGCUCGAUUGACUAUAAAGGCCUAGAUUUCGAGUUGAUCCCAUUUGGUGUUGGUCGGAGGGGGUGCCCUGGGCUUGGUUUCGCGGUUUUGUUGAUUGAGCUUGCACUUGCUAACCUUUUGUAUUGUUUUGAUUGGAGUUUGCCUAAGGAGAUGACAAGAGAUGAUAUUGAUAUUGUAGAAGCUGUUGGACUUACCACGCAUAAGAAGAUUCCUCUUUGUUUGUUAGCUGCCCCUAGGUCCUUGUAACACAAAAUUUGUUGCUUGAUCUUUCAAAUUAACAGUUUUUCUGUUAUUCAAUUUGGAUGAAGUGAUGAUAUAAGAGAGGAGGUGAAUUGUAUUAGAAACUACAUGGUAUUUCCUCUGUUUAUUUAUUUAUGUUUUUCAUAAUUACUCGGUUUCUUUAGUUAUGUUUGUGAUGUGUGUCAAUGCAUAGUUAAUAUGAAGUAUAUUAUAAGCAUUUGAUUGUAAUAAAACUUUUGAUACAAAUCUUACAGAUGCUCAUAAAUAUACGUCGGUAAAGGUUGUACAUACCAUAUUAUCAU